AUGUCGCUCUUUAGACGGACAGCGCAUGUCCUAUCGCCUCACGCCAGACCCUUUCUCCCAAUCAGCACCUCCCGACGUCCGGCCUCAACACCAUGCGCCGGCCGGAGGAGCUUCCACCUGGCGUCCACGGUUGGCGACACCAUUCGCAUGACUGCUGAUGCCUUCAGCUGGGUCCACGUCAACGCCGGUAUGCCCUGGUAUGUCGCCAUUCCACUGCUGGCCAUCGGCGUCAACGCCACACUUCGUUUUCCUCUUCAACUCUACACGGCCCGCCUCCGGCAGAAGAGGGCUGAACUGCAACCUUUGAUCAUGGCCUGGGCAGCUCGUCAUGCCAAGGCUGUCAGGCAAGAGCAGAAGAACGUUCCGGAGAAAAUUCAGCGCCUCCGCAUCGCAGGCUUGAUUGAAAAGUCGCGGUGCAGAAUCUACAAGAACUGGGGUACCCAACGCUGGAAGGGCAUGACACCAAUGCUCAGCAUCGUCCCCUUCCUCACCAUCUCCGAGGCGCUGCGGCGGAAGUGCGGUGCGCCGGUGGGCUGGAUCAGCAACACGGUCGGGCUGGGCAGUCCGGACUCGGCAACUGCAGCUAUAGGUUCUGCGAGCAGCAUGUUUGACGAGUCAUUGGUCAACGGGGGCUGCCUCUGGUUCAAUGAUCUCAGCAGCAUGGAUCCCUACUUUGGACUUCCUAUCAUCUGUUCGGGAAUCUUGGUGUGGAACACAUGGGGCAAGAUGUCCAAAGAGCAGCUACAAGCUUUGUUAACCGUAAACCUGCCCGACAGCAAAAAGGUUGACACCACGCCAAGGCUGCAGAAGCUUCUGGGCAGGAUGUUGCUUCUGAUGCCAACCUUUCCGCUUCUCUUUGCGGAUCUACCGAGCGCCAUCUUCCUCUACUGGGGUUCCUCAUUUGCCCUCACAGGCAUCAACGAGAUAAUCCUAAAUCGUCUGGUCCCCAGAAAGGAGCCUAAGCUCAAAUCUGAGAUGCCCAAGCAAGCAAGUUUACCGUUUCUAAGGGGUCCAAAACAACCACCUUCUUGA